CGCAGGCACUGGGGCAGGAAGGAGCGACGCGGGGGGAAAACAGACGCGGUCUUUCUCGCGUGGAGACGACAGCUUUUGCGCGCAAUCGGCGCCAGUCAGAAGCGGAGGAAGAGGAGGAGAGACAAAACGCUACGUCUAGAUCUAUACGUGUACAUUUUUAUUUGUUUUUUUCCACCGCAAAGUUGAAGGACAGCUCGACUCUCUUGGUUGUCAAUCGCGUCACGUGUCGAUGCGUUGGCACCUUUGCAGUUUGCACACCUGUGGAUGCAGCAAACGCCCGAUUGAUGCUCGGACUCCAGUCUUUGGUACACACAGGAUUCUUCAGUUCAUAAUCAUCCCGCGGACCAUGCUGCUGAGCGUGCCCCUCCUGGUGCUCCCCUUUCUGUGCGUCACCAGCUGCGGUGCGUCGUACGUGCCCUGCGAGCCCUGUGACCAAAAAGCCCGCUCCCUGUGCCCGCCGGUGCCCGUGGGCUGCCAGGUGGUGAAGGAGCCCGGCUGCGGCUGCUGCCUAACGUGCGCGCUCGAGGACGGCCAGCCGUGCGGCGUCUACACCGGGCCGUGUACGCGCGGGCUUCGAUGCCUUCCCAAAAACGACGAGGAGAAGCCUCUGCACGCCCUCCUGCACGGCCGGGGUGUGUGCAGAAACGAGAAGUUGUACAAACUACUGCAUCCUUCCAAAGAGUCCCUGAUGCCACAAGCCAAGGUGCCCAUAUACGGACGGGACCACAUUAGCAGUCGGAAGGCCCAGGCGAUGAAGCAGGCUAAGGACCGCAAAAAGCAGCUGGCCAGGGUGGGAGCCAACAGCAACUUGGACUUCCCUCUGCACGGCCUGGAGAAACUGGAGCCUGAGUUUGGGCCCUGCAGGAGACGUCUGGAUCACCUCAUUCAGAGCAUGAAGGACACAUCUCGGGUCUUGGCUCUGUCUUUGUACAUCCCCAACUGUGACAAAAAAGGUUUCUUCAAGCGCAAACAGUGCAAGCCGUCCCGUGGCCGGAGGAGGGGGAUCUGCUGGUGCGUGGAUCGCUUCGGUGCCAAGAUCCCUGGCAUAAACUAUGCCGGUGGUGAUUUGCAGUGCAAAGACUUGGACAGCAGCAGCAAUAGGAAUGAGUGAGCUUGAGUCCAGCCAUCACACGUGUUGAGUGCCAACCAGCAGUCUGAUUUGUCACCGUGUGGUCAUGAUGGACUGUUGUUGUUUUAAAAGGGAAGUUGCAACGCUUGCUCAUAGAUUAUGUAACUGUGGUUCAAAACGGACUGUGUUCAUCCACUUUAUAUGCAUAGAUUAUAGACAAUAUAUAUACAGCUCUGAAAAAAAAUUAUGAGACCAAAAUAACUGGACCUUUUUAGGUAUUUUGACAAUUUUGCCUUUUCUGCAAAUAAAUACUCGAAAUGACAAGAUUUGUAAUUGUAAUUUGGGAGUUACAUUUUCAAUAGUUUAUAGAAUAAAACAAAAAUGUUUAUUUUACACAAACAUUUAACUAAAUAGCAACACCACACAAACUGAUGAUUUAUCAGUGGUACCCAUUUUUUUUCCAGAGCUCUAUAUAGACAGUUAUAUCUCAAUAAAUUAAAAUAUCUUAGUAAAAGAAAAUUGUCU